GGAAAUGUGAUCUAGACAUCGGAAUUCGUGUUUACCAUAAACUGGGUAUUCAAAUUGAUAUAGUUUUGGCAUUGCAGGAUUGCAUGUGUUUUUGCAGUGGAAUGCUGAGACUAAAGGCAUGUAACCUUAUAAAGUACAAGGCUGACUAAUAAGCAUGAUGUUAAGCCCUAAAUCUCGAGACCUUUGGCUAAAGUUACACAUGUUAUUUUGAAACCAUGAAAUUCCGACUGCUCACUUCAACGACACUCAAACACAUUUUAAGACCAACAAAGAAAACAUAUCAUGCAUACCUGCAUCGUUUUUUCAUUUUGACCAUUGCUCUUCUGAAGAGUAGUUACUUCUCAUAUCAGGCUCGAAAAGAUGAGCACAAAUCAUUCCCACGACAUGGUUGCAGCCGCAUCUGCGGGCAAGCUCGAAAUGCUAGAACAACUACUUGGCCACGAGGAGAAUCCUGCCGAAGAAACCAUCCAAAUACUUUUGAAUGCAGCAGCAUGGAAGUCACAGACAUCAAUCGUCAAUUUCCUUCUAUCGAACUACCCAUCUGUCCUACUUCCCGAAGAAACUAUCCGUGCAGCUGUCUACUCGUCAUCCAAAGAGCUAUUUUCAGCAAUUUUGUCCAAAGAUCUAGCCAUUAUCAAUCACUAAUUUGACAGACGUGAUACACCCAUCGCGUUAGCAUGUAUGAACAAGCAGCCCGUCGCGUUUUUGGAAUUCUUGUUGAAGGCAGGCGCGGAUCCAACCCAGGAUCCGGAUACUGGUCCUCUUCCAUUGAUCUCUGUGGCGGCGUUUUAUAACGACACCAGAGCGGCGGACGUGCUAUUGAAGUAUGGUGCGAGGUUGGAGGACUCUGUGGCAAUUGAGACGGCGGUAGACAGAGGAAAUGAGAUUAUGGUGCGCUAUUUCAAAGAGCGAGGGAUGAAGAGCGACAAAGUGGAAGGUU